CAGGUUGUCACAGCACCGAACAGAGGCCUUUUUGACGCAUUUCCCACAAUUAUAAACAAUCCUAAGGGGAAAAAAGGAAGGGGAGAAAAACAAAACAAAACAACCGGUUUGUUACUCAUCACAAUUUCCUCAUUUCUUUAUAACUCUGAAUAUAGACAAGCUCGAAGAGUCUGUCUAGAUAGCAAGAAAGGUGCUCUCCAAGGACCGUAUGAGCGAUUCAGAAGGAUUGAAGUCGCCACAGAUGACAAAGACCAAAGUUUUAUCGUAUCAGCAACUGCUGAACCCGGCAUCGCCAUCCACGUCGCCCCCUAAGACAAGCUCACACACACAGACGGAUGCUACGCCCAAGGAUGAGAGGUUAACACCCUCGACACCACCGCGGAACACAGCAUCUUCAACAAAUCAUAGCCCGGAGGAUAUCACGCAGAGACGUGGUUCUCAUUCAUCUAGCUAUACGCAUGAAGCGCGUAUUGUGUUACCGCCAAUGACACCAUCGACAAAUACGCAUAAACGUUCAGAUAGCAUGACAAGACUCGGGAACAUCCCGAUGACUCCUAUGACGAAAUUAUUACAUGAUGAUGCACAUGGAGAGACUCCGUUAAGGUCACCAUCUCACGCUCACGAUGACGAAGAUGGGGGUAGACCACCGAUUAGACAAAUAACGAACAAACUCCGCACAAGGCUUAACUACGCGAUGGUGAAAUUCUCCAACGGAUGGACCGACCAGUCCUUGGAUGAGCUGGAGAAGAACUUUGCAGAAGGAAGCUCAAAUGACGAUCAAGCACAUCUUACUGUCAGUAAAUCUGCAUUGUUGAAGAGUCCCACGAAGGUUACAAAGCCAACGAGGAGUAACAUUUUACUGUCACCACGGAAGGGUUCGAGGGAGCAUCGUAAGUCCAUGGAACCUCUAGACGCUGGUGGCUCGGCAAGUGCCGCAUUUUUGCAUGCCAUUUCCAAGAGUGGCUCACCAAAGAGAAGAAAUUUCCAUAACGCGCUGAGGAUUGUGCCAAUAAGUCCAUCGAAUGCGUCUUCACCCAACCGUGUACGAUCAUCACAGGAGAGUCCGGAGGCUGAAGCCAUAGAAACACUAAUGUCGUUAUCAUCGCCUAGAUCGUCAAAAGUGUUGGAGUUUCCCGUGGUUAAAUUACAGCCACAGCCACAUAUCCAACCACACCCUCAUGGUCAAAGCUCGUCCAGCGCUCAAUCACAGACAAGCUUCACUAGAGGUUCAUUACCGAGACAGAAGCUGGUGUUUGGCGAUGAGGAUGAGAGCGCCAUCUACCAGACCGAGAGCGAAGACACGGAACCUGAAGAUGCAAUGGUUGAUAUUGACGCGCGCACCGAUAGCGCACCAGGCACCCCCUCAUGAGCUCUUCCCCCGAGAACAACACGAAGAAGAGCGAUCUUCCCCAGAUAAUUUUGUAUUAUAAUAUCCAGAUGUACGUGUAUAGGUUUAAUAGCUACUAAUAAUGUAUGGUUAUGAGUUAAAGUCUUAUCAUCGACAACUGGUUUAUAUAUACCGAGGAUUUGUAACAAAGCUGAAGGUGGCGGCAAUUUGCGGAGAAGAUAAGUGCCAAACGGGUUCAAAAACCGACAAAAAACAAUCGUUUUACAGUCCGCUUGCGCGCGGCCCUCAGAAAACAACAGAGGCCAAACGAAAUUUGCGGAGUUUAUCGCUUGUAUCAACGCCUUUUCGCACAAAGUUGAUGACUAUUUUU